GAGUAUUUAACCAGUUAAUGAUCCAGGUAGACGUUCCUGCUUGAACCGCCCCGAAUCCACCUUCUCGCGAUCAAACUCUCGCUUUGCAGCACGAUUCAAACAUACGUCGAUGGCAAACCUCGUGAAUCGGCGCCUUGUCGCCAACGCUCUGGCGGUCCUCGCUCUCAGUGGAAUCGGCGUGUAUACUGCCUCGAAUUGCUGGAUCAAGAACGCGUCCGCAGAGUCGCGCAGUGCAGAACCACAGAAGGUCUUUGGUCGUGGACCUGCAUUCAAGUCGCUCCGUCUUCAUAGCUCAGAGAGCGUUAGCGACAACACAAAGCGGCUGCGGUUUGAGCUUCCUGGUGGAGAGAGUUCAAUAAGUGGACUCAGUCUGACUUCUGCUCUCCUUACGUUCUCGAGGCCAGAAGGUAGCUGGCUACCCGCUGUGCGACCGUAUACUCCCAUCAGCAAACUGGAUGAACCCGGCUUUGUCGAUCUGCUAGUCAAACGGUAUCCCAACGGAAAGGCAAGCACGCAUUUGCAUAGCUUGAAGCCAGGCGACAACCUUUUUAUCCUCGCAUCCAUUCCCGGUUUCAAUUGGACCCCAAAUAAGUUUUCCCAUGUCUACCUCAUCGCCGGCGGCGCUGGGAUAACGCCAAUCUACCAGCUCGCGCAGGGCAUCCUCGACAAUCCGGCGGACAAGACCAAGAUCACCGUGAUAUUCGGCGUCAAUACGGAGAAGGAUAUGCUUCUGCGCGAGGAGUUUGAUGCGUAUCAACGGGCGUAUCCUGACCGGAUCGAUGUUCUCUAUACCGUCAGUCGGCCGGGCAGCGAGUUCAGGCCGGCUCCAAACGUGCGAUCAGGUUAUGUGACAAGGCAGGUCCUUGCGGAGGUCAUGGGGGGCCCUGACGAGGCCGAUACGAAGAUAUUUGUUUGCGGACCGCCCGCAAUGGAGAAGGCGCUGGUUGGGGGCGGAUUUGGCCAGGGCCAGCCAGGGAUUUUGCAGCAGCUGGGCUAUCCGAGAGAUAGGAUCUACCGGUUUUAAAGCACGACACCGCUCAAAGUUUUGUACUAUAAACGUCUCUUCAACUCUUUCAAUCUCAUAUCUCUUUCUGGAAU